GCAGAUGAACCGUGAAUCGUGCGUAAAUCUGUGUUAAUUUUUAAGUAUGUGAUUGUGAUAUUUUGUAACAAUGUCUCACUUACCCCAAUCUAGGGCACUAUGGGAUUAUUUUUCUAAGUUGGCUGGAGAUGAUAAAAUCGCCAACUGUAAUGAGUGCUCGAAAGACCUAUCUUACCGUACAUCAGUCACUAAUUUAAAAACUCAUCUUAAACUAAGACAUAAUGACCUCUACAAACGCUAUAUAUCUGAAUGUAAAGCGGCUAGUCGCCGUUCGACUUGGACGGACAAUAGCAAUAAUGUCAAGAAACAAGCGAGCCAAGAGCAGGAUCAAGAUACACACAGCGAUCCAUUAUUAGAUGAUGAAACAGGGGACACUCUCAUGGGCCCGGGGACCGACAUUUCCGAGGCAGAGACUCUCAAUUUAAGCCCCGAGCACUUCUCGGAUCGGGACACGCUGCCAUCGCCGGAGCCCCGAGCCACAUCACCCCCCGACUCCAAGCCGGCACCUCGACGAACAUUUGCUUCUACCCUACCGAGAAGACGCAGACGAUUUCCUGUCAGAAAUGAUGGUUUAAUUGCAAAAAGAUUCUUAGACAUCGAAGAAGAGAAGUUAAGGGUAUCGAAGGAAAGAAACAACGCUAUCAAUAGGGUGGCUGAUAUGCUGAAACAAAUUUCAAAUAAGUUGGAUGAAUUUAUUUAAAAUUAGAAUUACAAUAUAGUUUUCUUAUGGAAUUAAUAAAACCUUAUAACUUUAUUUGUAAAUAUUACAAAACUUUUCCUUAGUUAUAUAAUAUAAAUUAUUGUUUAUGGUGAGUUACUUAAAAUAAUAAAGAUGUAUUUAUUCAAACUUAGACUUUGUUUAAUUGGGAAAAAGAACUGGUGAAGUGCUAGCCGGCCUUGCGCACUAAGUGUUCCUUACCAUUUAUCUAUAUAUUUUUUUUCCUACCAGUUAGCCCUUGACUGCAGUCUCUGAUGGUAAGUGAUGAUGCCGUCUAAGAUGGUAUCGGGCUAACCUAUUAGGGAGUAUGGUAGUCAUACCCCUAAUCGGUUUCUACGCGACAUCGCACCGGAUCACUUAAAUCGCUUAGCGGCAGGUCUUAUAUAUAGGAGCCACCUUAAUUAUUGAUAUUCUUUUUUUUUGUAUUUGUUGAUAUAGCGCCAACAAU